AUGCCGCUCAAGGGUUUAAGCUUUCCGUACCCUCCGGCAAGGGAAGAUGGGUAUUGGGCGCCGGUUACAUCAACCAUCAAUUGGUGUGAAGAGGAUUACUAUGCGACAAUCUACUCUGCGGAAAUUGUCAACACCCUCACGAACCUCCUGUUCAUAGCUCUGGGAGCGAAAGGCAUCCGGAAUUGCUUGAAAUACAAACACGACAGUGUGUUCUUGGUUGCUUUCCUUGGCUAUUUGCUUGUGGGCUCAGGCAGUUUUGCUUUCCAUAGCACCUUGAAAUACCCAAUGCAGCUUGUGGAUGAGCUUUCCAUGAUCUAUACUGCCUGUCUGAUGUGCUAUGCCACUUUCUCUUUCUCCCAAUCGAGAACUGUUCGCAGAGUUCUGGGCACAUCACUUUUGUCGCUUGCGGUUUUCAUUACUCUCUAUUACCAUUAUCUCCAAGAUCCCGUAUUCCACCAAAAUGCCUUCGCCAUCAUUACGGCAGUCGUCCUUUUUCGAUCGAUGUAUGUUAUGGAAGUUAACCUUCGACCAUCACUAAGAGCGAAAUACGCGACACCUUCACAAAAGUUAGCCAAUACCGAGCAGACAAAAGCGCAGCGCGUUGCGAGUGAGGUCCGAGAUAGAGCAAUUCUCAAUGAGAUGUGGUUGUUGGUUGCUAUAGGCCUUUCUAUAUUCUUAGGCGGUUUUGGGAUAUGGGCGUUGGACAAUCAAUACUGCUCGACUAUCAGAGUCUGGAGACGCAAGAUUGGAUUGCCAUGGGGGAUUCUGCUUGAAGGACAUGGGUGGUGGCACUUGAUGACUGGCUUUGGAUCCUACUUCUAUCUUGUUUGGGGCAUUUGGUUACGGCACUGCCUAAACGAACGACAAGAUGAAUACAUACUAAGCUGGCCAAGCUAUUUCUCGAUUCCCGAAGUCAUUCCAAUUAAAAUUGUUGAAGGAAAGACCACUAACGGCGUUAUCAAUGGUCAUACAAACGGCCACACGAACGGUCACCUCGACCGUGAGGAUCGCAAGUCGGUUUGA